AUGACUCGCCCACCUAAAACCAUGCAUCCAGCAGCAACAUCUACUGAGUUGCCAACCCUACGCUUGUCGCCUUCCCUCAGACGAUCACUCACUUCAUACUCCAUACCUCGCCGAAAAGACCCUCUACUGUCGAGCUUUGGUAACGUCACCGAUGCCUCAAAUGACCAACUCCGUGACUACCAUCACCGAGUCAAAGCAACUCUCACAAAUAUCCUCAAUGACGACCGAAUAAAGCAUAACCCCAGUGGCAGCCGCUAUGUGCAGAAAAUAUUGCUGGAAAACGAGCAAGAUAUGCGAAAACAUCGGAGAUAUUCGCUCAGUGCAUAUUCUGCUAAGCAAAACAUGCUAUUUUAA